AUGGCGGGGAAGAACAACAAAGAGAGAAGAGGGCAGGGGGGGGAAGUACGGGAGGGUGGGGUGGUGGUGCCUACAAGCGAAGAUCCCGUGAUAGUGGAGGUAUUUUCGGUUGACACAGACGUUUGGAUCGCAGCUCUCCUGGCGUACGCCGUGCAUCCGUCGACUCGGGAUGUGCGUAUCAUCGUGCGACAAUAGAGCGGGGUGACCGGUAACACCAAUGUCCACUGCAUCGACGUCCUGAAGUUUUGCCAAGAUCUAACGGCAAUGCGAAAUUGGCCAUCUUCGUUCACCAACUUGCAGAGGGUGCUUCCGAUAGUCUCCGCACACGUUCUUAACGGGACUGACUUUACUCCAACGCUUAGUGGCUUGACGGCAUCCAGUAUGUUCCAAGCAUACGACGACGCGUUGAAGGAUGCCGGCAACCACAAUUUUGUUCUACCGCUGGGUUCCGAGCAACGUGAGGGGGGCUCGGUAUCUGGGGUAGACCUGGCCAAAGAGGAAAUCCGGAAGUUUGUCUCGCUAGCGUACUUUACAAAACAUCGCAAACUCUCUGUGAACGUCCUUCCGGGACGCCAGGCAAGGUCGGAAUACCUGGAAGGGCAGGUCGAUGACGUACGGCCAUGGGUCCAGGCCAUCAGCGAGCGCACGACCGAACACUGUUUUGGGAAGGGGGACAUUAAGGCUGCUGCCCCAAAUUACGACGUUAUUAACAACUGCGUGCCGCGCAUGGAAUGGGUGGUGGAGUAUUGGCUCUCGAUUGUGCCCGUCCCUUCCGAAAAUGUGUCCGCCAGGUAUCCGAUUAAAAUUCCCGACUGGAACGGCAAGGGGUACAUUGCGAAUCCGGAGUGCGAAGGGGGGGCUUUGCUGCUGUUGUGUGAAUUGCCGAAGGUGACCCUCUGGGCGGGUGUAGGAAUUCACAUCGUGUCGUGCAGAUGUUCAUCCGAGAGGGGAAAGGGUCAAUGUAGGGGCUGCGUUUGCAUGCAAAGGGGUGGUCCAGGUCGUCGUUCACAGGUGUGCAAAUGCAACCUUGCAUGCCUUGAGGAACCAAGCACGUUACCCAGGGUGCAGCGAGGGUCUACUCCUGAGGAGGUACUGCCCGACGAUGAUGAUAGUGGCAGCGAGUCCGAGUCUGAUGAAGAUGAAGAAUCGCCGAUCGUGGAACGUUUGGGUGGUUUCGACCAAGAAAGGCAUUCGUCGUUUGGGGUGCACUCCGAUGUGUGCGGAUUCUCCGAAGAGGAUGCGCGAGAGUACGAGGAACAAUUCGCAACGAAGGGUUGGGCGGGGGUACGCAGCAGCGGGUGAUGUUGUCGACCGAUAAUAUGGCAGCGCCGGUUAAGGAUAUGUCCGUUUGAUAAUUGAUAAUAUUUCGUCGUAUUCCUUGCUGCAAAUAUAUCAGUAACAGGACGCAGAUCCCGAAGCACUGCAAACAAAUAUUUGGGGCAGUUCUUCACAUGACGCCACCCGGUACAACUGCUUUUGGUAGUAAAUUUACACACAAAACGAAAAUAGGCACACACGCUCCCAUGCCGCGGCCAGCGUGCCGUGCGCCGCGGACCCAGAAAGGGAAGCUGCCGAAAAGGUCAAUGAGAAACGCCGGCACACGAGCGAGAGCGUCUUUGCCACCCAACAACGACAGACACUUGACCCCCAUAUACUCGAGUCGGGUGCGUGUUGCCGGAAAAUCGCGCAGUCGCAGCAGUGGUGCAUUUCCCUCAUUCCUAUCGCACCCACGAGGUGCUCGUGCGCAUUACCGUUCAAUGUCGGAACAUCGGCUUGUGGGGUCAACCGCAAGAGGCGCGCCCUCUGACACCUAAGGUGAGCGAACAUGUGGGAUGCAAAGGGCGUCAGAUCAUAAAUCAACACUGUCACGUUUUUGUUUGAGGAAAAAGGUUUUUCUACAAAGGUUAGACUACAACAACACCGAAGACUUUGGACCAUACCAAAGAAAAAAAAAUGCCUGCGUCACUGUCGGUCACUUGCAGACUACGAAUUUCCCCGACAUGCUUCGGCAAAAAUCGGAUACAGUCAAGCUUGAGUUGCUCCAUGUGCGUGUACCGAAAGCAACAUUUGUGCCGUGAGUACACUCGGUUUGCGGCCUAUUGAACUAUGGAAGAUUCAAACAACAAUGCAUCUCGUUUUACACAGCCAAACUUUGACGAUAAAAAAGGGCUGGACAAACAAUGAGCGUCCGCUGGUCCGAGCCUACCUACGACGGGACCUCCGAAAGAAGGCAUGUA